AACCAGUCCUGCCGACUUGAAGCGACAGCAGCGCUAGUACAAAGUUCAAGCUUUUAUUUUUAAGGCAAAAUCGUUGGACUUCCGGUUACGUUGCACUUGAUUGCGUGUAGCUCGACGCAGCUCCUACUCUCAGCACCGACAAAACAUAAGUCUCUCGGUUUGGCUGGCAGGGUACGGAAGACAACUGAACGCAACCAGAACCGAGUGAUUGUAUUUACCUCCAACUGAGCCGGACCGAGCGGUCUUUCCUUCCGAAUUAUCCCGCAGUCCGUCGGCGCCCGCCACGUUUGUUCUCCCGAGGUUUUAGACAAGAGUUUAAGUCGCGGUGCUCAGACUGUGGGCUGACUGAAUAACGGAUAAAAAAAAAAAAACGAACAUAACGGACACGGUUCGGGUGAAAUGUAUGGUUAUGAACACAGUCUUUUGAGGAGGGUGUCCGACACAGAGCUGUAGUUUCUCUUCAAGAGGCGAGGAAUGCACUCUGAGCAUCAAUGUUUCACUGGGGCAAGUGGAAGAAGAGGAUGGGAGCCAACAGUUCUUCAAAGAGACCAGUUUUCGAUGAGAAGGAAGAUGGAGGCUAUUUGUAACUGAGAGAAUGAGGUCAGAGGAAGGUGAUUCUGUCCGUCACAUGAUUACGAGAGGAGAGAACAGGACAGGACUGGGAGCCUGUUGGCCGGCCUCUUUGAUGUCAGAAUACCACACCACCCACCACCAUCGCUGUACCUCUUUAUGUAGAGCUCCGAGUUCACUGUGCUGCCAGAGGUGAACUUUGACCACUUCCAGAUACUGCGGGCGAUUGGGAAAGGCAGCUUUGGAAAGGUAUGCAUUGUGCAAAAGAGGGACACCGAGAAGAUGUAUGCCAUGAAGUACAUGAACAAACAGCAGUGCAUAGAGAGAGAUGAGGUCCGAAACGUCUUUAGAGAGCUUGAGAUCCUACAGGAAAUUGAACAUGUUUUUUUAGUAAAUCUCUGGUACUCGUUCCAGGACGAGGAGGACAUGUUCAUGGUGGUGGACCUCCUGCUGGGGGGAGAUCUGCGCUACCACCUGCAGCAGAGUGUCCAGUUCAGCGAGGACGCUGUCAAACUCUACCUCUGUGAGAUGACCCUGGCACUUGACUACCUGCGAAGCCAGCACAUCAUCCAUAGAGAUGUCAAGCCAGACAAUAUCCUGCUGGAUGAACAAGGUCACGCUCACCUGACAGACUUCAACAUAGCAACGAUCAUAAAGGACGGGGAGAGAGCCACAGCUUUAGCUGGAACCAAGCCCUACAUGGCCCCAGAGAUCUUCCAGUCUUUUGUAAGUGGAGGGACGGGGUACGCCUUUGAAGUAGACUGGUGGUCACUAGGGGUGACGGCAUUCGAAGUGCUGCGUGGAUGGAGGCCCUAUGACAUCCAUGCCAGUAACUCAGUGGAGUCUCUGAUUCAGCUCUUCAGUACAGUCAGUGUCCAGUACAACUCAGCCUGGCCCAAGGACCUGGUUUCCCUCCUGAGGAAGCUACUGACAGUGAACCCGGAGCAUCGUUUCUCUGGCCUGUCUGACAUGCAGACAUCUCCCUACCUCGCUGACGUCAACUGGGACGCCGUGUACGAGAAGAAGAUGGAGGCUGGAUUUGUUCCUAAUAAAGGUCGCCUCCACUGCGACCCCACCUUUGAGCUGGAGGAGAUGAUCUUGGAGUCGCGCCCCCUUCACAAGAAGAAGAAGAGGCUGGCCAAGAACCGAUCUCGAGACAACAGCAAGGAUUCACAGUCUGAGAAUGACUACCUACACGAGUGCCUUGAAGUGGUGCAGCAAGAGUUCAUGAUCUUCAACCGUGAGAAGUUGAAACGGCGUCAGGAGGAGGGUCAGUCAGAGGCCGGGGGCGAUGAUGAUGGUGGAGACGGCGACGGAGAGGCUGAAGCCGGGGGCACUGACGAUGACGCGCUCGAGCCAGAACCAGAACCCGAGCCGGAGCCCGAGUCCUCCUCCAAACUGAGCAUGUGCGGUUCGGUGUGCUCCUCCCCCGGCAGCUGCUAGCGCCACAUCGCCUCAAAGUGACGGUCGCAGGUCUCUCUGGAUGCUGCUGCCAUGCCAAUAGAUACGUUCUCACCUCCCUCCUCUGUUGUAGCCAGGAGCGGAGGAAAACGCACAGCAGGUCCGACUUGACGCACAGCAGGACCCAACACGGCUCCCACCAUUCCCCCCUCCUUAUUUUUUUUUUAUUUUAUUUUUUUUGUUCUGUAGCAUCCUUCCGGUAAGGCAUGAAUGAAGCAGAUUUCCAGAGAGUCCCUGCCUACUGUACCCCCUAGAGUAAGCUCUAACUUCUAUGCAAUGUUACAGUAUAGCAUGACAAAUAAGGUAUCACUUACUAGGAGGUGUUGUUCACAAGCAGAAAGCUCCGCGAGCAUGACGACAUCCUGAGCAAUAGCAGUCGGCAGUUUUUUGGAGGGGUCGGUGGUUUUUCGGAGGAGACGCCCUCUCCGCCUUCCUGCUUCAAAUCUGAUGGGGACGACUGAAUUAUUCAGCACACGCAGGCACUCACUUUAUAUUAUUGCCUGUGUCUUCAGCUCACUCUUCCCCUCGGCCCUGUUUCAUGUUAGGUUUGCCCUAAUUCGGAGCAACCGUUCUUCAUUUCCCCCAGAGCACCUUCCUCCUGUUGCAACACCUUCCCAGGACACAUUUACAGUAAGUGUUAAUUUGCAGUCGGCCAAGAACAUGUGGCUGGUUUCAUGUUGUGAACCUGUUUAAAGUGGUGCCUGUUGAUGAUAAUCAGUAUUCGUUAAUCACAUCGUAGCCAUGGGUGCGUUAUAGUUUAAAAUGCUAGUGUGAAGCAAACUAUUCCUUUCGCAAGCUUUUUUUUUUUUUUUUAAGGACGAUAAGGUACUGUCAUUUACGGGGAAUCAGUACAGCAAUCAGAAUGAGCGGUUUUACUUGUCACUGUGUCUGUAAUGGUUACCAAAAUUUAGCAUUUUAGCCCUGCACCAUGCUCAAAGAGCAUACGGAAACACUGCUCUGGGGAUUAAAUACCAAUCACCAACAAUCCCAUCCUUUAAGAAUCUAUUAGAAAGCUCUGUUUGCUUCACUACACGUCAUCAUCUCUUUAAGUGCUUGGUUAGUGUAACGAUCAUCUCCCUGUAGAGCUUGUUUCUGGGCUGUACUUAAAUGUGUAGCUGUGCCCUGCUGGUACUUCAACUCGUAGAGAUGAGCUAGUCUAUUACUGUCAUAGUGAUAGUGUUACCUUUAAGGUGGGGCCAUUAAUCUCAGUCUGAACACCUGAGAACAUGUAGCAGAGGUCCACCUUGAAACCCUAAGGCCUAAUAAAAUGAAACCCAUGUAAAUAGCAUACAGUGUAGGUAAUUAAACUCACCACAGUUUUAUGUGGGACUGCGAAGUCGACGUAUAAACUAAAGGAAGAGCCGCGUGAAGCUUCACACUGCUUCGCUCUGCUCUUCUUUCCAAGUGUGCAGGCACAACUUGUAGGCAAAAUAUGCCAAAGCUUUUCUACCAUUUGCAUAACCAUUUCUAAGGAACUUUGAGUGUGUGAAUGUAUGUCUCUUUUUCCCAGUAUAACAUAAAGUCAGUGUUCCUUCUGCAAGUGAAAAUACUAUCAUUUAUACAAUCAUAUUGUGAUAAUGUAUAAAGUAUCUAUUUCAGGUAAGGGGGGGAAACUUAAAGUGAUAGUCAGGCAGUUUGGGAAAUGCACCUACUGGCUUUCUUUACAAGAUUUAAAGGAGAAGAUUUAUAGCACCGUCGUGUCUGUGAGUUGAGCUGCGAGGCAAUUAGUUUAAUACAAAGCUUCUGUCCAAGGUGAGAAAUCAACUUACCAAGUCCACCUAAAGCUCACUAAUUAAUUUGAGCUUGAGUUACAGCUAUAAUGUGCAAGAUGUGGCCCGAAUUUUAACUUUUUUAACUUUAUCAACAGAAUGCAAAGGAACAACAGGAUCGAUGCCAGCUAGCCCUGCCUCGUCCUGUCACGUCAUACCGCUGGUCUCAUGAAAGAUGGAAGUAGCAUCUGUAACUGCAAACGGUGCUGCCUCUGUGGUCCAUCGUCUGAUCCUCGUAUUGUGGCGUGUAACAGAGUCCCUCCAGAGUCUCACAGCCUUCAUGCUAAGCUAGGCUAACUGCCUCUUGGCUGCGGCUUCAUACUUCAACACGCAGACAUGAGUGCAGUGUUAAUCUUCUCAUCUCACACUCAGAAAUAAAGCUAAUAGGUGCACUUCCCAAAAUGUUUAACUGUUUCUUUAAACACUAUACAUUAUGAUUAGAUUAAGAAGCUUCUUUAAAGGGAUAUAAAGUGGCAAUCCUCCAAGCCCGCCAAAAUAUGUGAUGGAGUUACUAGUCUCGAGCCCUGUGCUUCUUUUUGCAUGUACCUUUACAGUAUAAGCUUGUUUUUGCCAAAGCCUGGAGCCUUGAGCCUUACUGGCUGAUUUGUGCAUGUACAAGCUUUUGGUAAUUAGCAUACCUCAGUGCUCACCUGAUUAUAGACACAGUCCAAAUCAGAGUAUAACUGGCCUGCGUAAAUGUUUCUGGACAGUGAGUUUCGUGAACUUUAAACUGUACAAAAAUCGUAUAAUUCCAGUGUUAUAUGGACGGCAUGAUAUUUUUAGAUGAUAUGCAGUACCUUUUGGCAUCCCAUAGAUUGUCUUAAUGCUUAAUGGUCAAGUAUACAGGCUCGUGCCCUUGCUGGAUGAGUGGAAUGAGGUCAGCAGUCGUGUGUGUGAUGUCUCCUUCUGUGGGAUUUAAAUGUUGCAUUAUCGUCUGUGCGGCAAAGGAAGAAUAUUUGGAACUGGGGCAGGUUUUCACUUCACCCCAGCACAGAAUUUACUGCAUUAUUAAAAAAAACACUGAAUGUCUCCAUUCGUGGCGAAGAAGGCUCAGUUAUUUCCAAGACUCAUUAAAGCAGCCUACAGACCAUCCGAGUCAACACAGGCCUGAGGUGGAUGUGUCUUUCUGUUAAUCAUUUGUAAAUGGAUAAAGAUUUUUAUUUAAGUGAAGCUUUUCUCAAAGUUACGAUACUAACCCACAGUUGGGAGUUGUUCCUCGAUAUAUCAGUGAUCAUUUCUAAUUGGACUGUGCUUGCAAUUCCUCCUGACCCUCCUGUCCCUCUUUAUGUGUUAAUGUUCUGGAUGCUGUUAGGUGUUUUUAAAAAAAAAAUGUAAAAAAGGCAUUGUGCUAGUGUUUGACCAGCAACAGCAUGUCUCCUAUUCAGCCAUUUUUUUCCGACGGAUUCUCUCGAGGUGUACCAUUCUGUAGAUGUCUUAACUCUGUGGAUUACAGUUUGAAACUCAGUGCCCUGUCAAGAAAACAAAUCAAGAAGAAGAAGAAGAAGAAGAAAAACAUGUGAUUUUCACCACUCUUUUUCCUCCUUGUGAUCCUAUUUUGCAUAACGUUUCCGUGCUGCAGGAUUUUUAACGGGGAGUCAGUGAAAAAGCCUUGUUACUGUACCAACUGAAACUGCUCCGUGUGUUUAAAAAAAUAAAAUAAAAUAAAAAUGCUGCUUUAACUUGCUUUGAUAAAGAAAUAAAUCUCCUUCCAGUAAU